AUGGCAGAAGCCAGAAUUUCAGUGGAUCAAAAUGAGUUCAUGUGUGCAGUGUGUCUGGAUCUCCUGAAGGAUCCAGUGACUAUCCAGUGUGGACACAGUUACUGUAAGAGCUGUAUUACAGGCCACUGGGAUCAGGAGGAUCAGAAGAAAGUCUACAGCUGCCCUCAGUGCAGACAGAUCUUCAGACCAAGACCUGCUUUAGCUAAAAACACCAUUCUGGCUGAAGUGGUGGAGAAAAUGAAGAUGACAAAACCUUCUGCCGACUAUUACGCUGGAGCUGGAGAUGUGCAGUGUGACGUCUGUACUGGAAGAAAAUACAAAGCCAUCAAGUCCUGUCUGAAUUGUCAUGAGUCUUACUGUCAAACUCAUUUUGAUCAUCAUGAGGAAUUUCAUUCACGUAAACCACACAAAGUGUCUGAAGCCACUGGACGACUGCAAGAGAUGAUCUGCCAGAAACAUGACAAGCUUCUUGAGGUUUUCUGUCGCACUGAUCAGAAAUGUAUUUGUGUGCUGUGUAUGGAUGAACAUAAAAACCACAACACUGUAUCAGCUGUAGCACAGAGGACAGAAAAACAGACACAGUUGAAGGAGAUGCAGAAGCAGUUUCAGCAGAGAAUCCAGCAGAGAGAAAAAGAUCUUCAGCAGCUAAGAGAGGCUGUGGAGUCUCAUAAGGUGAGUCUGGAGAAGAUGAGAACAAAUGUACUCAAUCCUACAAUGUGA